GAAGAAGAUUUCUGCUGUGCUGUGCUCGCAUUUUUUUAUUUUUUAUUUUCCAAGAAUUGCACGUUCUCCUUGUAGAAAGGCUGAAGACAGUAGGUGAGAUGUGGGAGGAGAACUGUGAAACAGAGCAGGAGGUUGGCCAGAUGCUGGACUACUCGCCAGUGUCAUGGCAGGAGUACUUCGACCAGAUGGAAGAUGUGGCGCCUGCGGAGACUGGAGAUGUCUUCAGGGUCUACAAGGCUGGGACUGAGGGCCCGCUGCUGGUCCUUCUCCACGGAGGAGGACACUCAGCUCUGUCCUGGGCCGUCUUCACGACAGCUAUUGCAAGCAAGGUGAAGUGCCGGGUGUUGGCCAUGGACCUCAGGGGUCACGGGUCCACUGUUGUCCGUCAGUCGGAGGACUUUUCCACCCUCACGAUGUCCAGCGACGUGGCUAAUGUGGUCCGCGCCUGCUACGGUGAGGCACCUCCACCGCUGGUCUUGAUCGGCCACGGUGUUGGCGGUGCGAUCGCAGUGCACACAGCCAGUAACAUGCUGCUGCCAACUACGGUGGGGCUGGUGGCCAUCGAUGUGGUGGAAGGCAGUGCCAUGGAAGCACUCCACAGCAUACAGAACUUCCUGAAGGGAAGACCCAAGUCCUUCAAGUCAAUGGACCAUGCCAUAGAGUGGAGUGUGAAGAGUGGACAAAUCAGGAACCUGGAGUCGGCUCGUGUCUCAAUGGUCGGUCAGAUCAAAAGGUGUGAGGUGGAGGAGGCCGACCCCCUGGAACAGCCCAGUCCGGUGCCUGAUGUGGUGGUGGAGCGCAACGAAGAGUUCUACGAUCAAACCUACGUCAAUGACAAGGAAAAUGCAGCAUGCGAAGAGAGCCUGAGCGGCCCGCAGAGCGUCUAUAAAUGGCGCAUUGACCUUUCAAAAUCGGAAAAGUACUGGGAUGGGUGGUUUCGUGGAACCUCCAACCUCUUCCUGGCCUGCAACCUCCCCAAACUUCUGCUGCUGGCCGGAAUUGAUCGGCUGGACAGAGAUCUGACCAUCGGGCAGAUGCAAGGUAAAUUCAUGAUGCAGGUGCUUCCACCAUGUGGACAUGCGGUGCAAGAAGACACGCCGGACAAAGUCGCAGAAGCUGUGGCCUCUUUCCUGUUGAGACACAAGUUUGCUGAAGCCAGGCGAGAAACCAAGAGCUCAGACUCCCCCACUGACUAAGGCUCGACGCGAAACCUCAAAUCCUGACUGAAGGCCACAGUACAAAGCCAGUGUUGUGACGUCAUCCUUUUAAAAUAUUGUAGG